GCGCUGCACUUACACAUGGCUUCCUCCUCCGGAAAGAAACAAUAACGUUUGUUUAUAUUUUCGACAUUUAAAAUUACAGUUCAACAAAAUACUGCAGUUUUAUUUUCACAUAAUAUUAGGUGUAAUACACCUUCAAAUAUUAUGUUUGUACGGAUUUUACUCACCAUGCAUUUUAAACUAUACACACACGCAAACAAAUAAUGCGCCAUGCUGUCCACACGGAACUUUUACGGCGUUGCACUUGCACACGGCUUCAUUUUCCGGGCAGUCCAGCUUCACUCAAGCUGAAAAUGAGUUUAUUUUUGCCUAAAUUGACCUGCAAAAAAGACAUAGAUGAUGUUAUUAAGGAGGUGGCAGAAAAGGUGCUUGUUUUGAGGUUUGGGAGGGACGAAGACUCCGUUUGUCUCCAGCUAGAUGAGAUUCUGUCAAAAACCGCCCAUGACCUGAGCAACAUGGCGUCCAUCUACAUCGUGGAUGUGGAUAAAGCUCCUGUUUACACAAGAUACUUUGAUAUUAGUUACAUACCGUCCACUGUUUUCUUUUUCAAUGGACAGCACAUGAAAGUGGACUAUGGCUCGCCAGAUCACACCAAGUUUGUUGGCAGCUUCAAAACCAAGCAGGACUUCAUGGAUCUGAUUGAGGUCAUAUACAGAGGAGCCAUGCGGGGGAAAAUGAUUGUCCAGAGUCCCAUAGACCCUCAAAAUAUUCCCAAAUAUGACCUGCUGUACCAUGGCAUUUAGCACCGCCGUCUGCAAACAUGAAAACGCCUAAAGUCGUGUUGUCGUUCCUGGAAAAUUGCGGCAAAAGUCACAAUGUUUUGAGGCUUUUUGGGGGUUUUUUCCACUUAGAUUGAACCCUGUUUUGAUUAAUUUGUUAUCAAUGUUGUUAGUGUUAACCUCAGAAAAACACAAAACUGCGACAGAAAUUGGACAACAAAUACUGUAUUGAUGUUUUACUCGUUUCCACCGCACAGAUCUAAAAGUAGACACGAGAUGGCAGUAACAGCACAUACUCAUUGUCAAAUUACUACACUGUUUAAAUUCACCACAUUUAAUAAUGGUAAUAAUAAAAUGUCUGCAACUUGUUGACGAGAGAACACAGGUUUUGAUUAGACAGUUAACGAGUGCCACUCAGAGAUGAACUGGAUUAGUGAAAAUAGGCGCAGAAAUUGUGCACGAAUUUGCCUAAAUUGGCACAAUUGUGACAUCACAAAAUUCCUGGAGGGACUGACAUUUUAUAUCUUGCCAUUGUCUCUUAAUCAGGUCCAAACUUUUUCCACAGAGGGCCAUGCACUUAAAAAUGAAAGCAUGCUGGGAGCCAUUUUGAUAUUUUUCAUUUUCAAAACCAAUGCAGUUAUUGUAACCAUUAUGUCUUCCCUUAUUUUUUGUAAAUGAAAAAGGGGCUCAGGCAUUAAAAUGUCUGAUUUUAUUUAAAUAAAAUAUCUAUAGAUCAAUUUAUGAUCUGUCCGUUGAAAUAAAGUUUUUAUUUUUUAAUUGGU